AUGCAUAUUCCAGCUUCGCGUUGUGUAGUGGGGAGUAGGCCUACUAGGACGUUAUCGGAUGCUUCUUCAAACUUCAUGGGAAACUUCAAGUGUCGGUGGGAGUUUCAGAGGGUCUCCGUGUCUAUCUAUGCUCUGCAACAAAAAGAGCGCCAUACUGCUAACACAUUGCAGAGAACGGGCACCUCCACCGCAUCUGUCUCUGUAAGACCAAUAGGACACGAUGAUCCGUGGGGUGUUCGGUUCAUCUGCCCUUGUGGAAGGUUUUCUCAUGGAUGCCGGGGGUUUGCGACAAAACGCCAAAGACUGGAUGAGUACGAUUCUUAUGAAGUGACAAUCGACCCGAAAAAGGUUCCCCAUGACUUUUGUAGGGUGCCUAUACAUAUGCAGUCCGCAGGGGAACUGAAAGACACCAUUACGGUUGCCGGACGUAUGCGCUUGUUCAAUCCAAAUUUCUGGCGGCGCUGCAGUUCAGCUGUAAGGGACCUUGCUGAAGGCUUCCGCUCGCGGGAAAUAGUCGCUAUCCUCAAUGCCUAUGCUAAGGCGGGGUACAGAGAUGUUUCCUUAUUUGGCCGUCUGGGACAGCUUCUUGCCUUGCAGGCGCACGACUGCCGAGCGUCAGACAUGGGGGUCGCUCUACAGGCAUUCGCGCGUCUCAACAUUCCCAACAGUUCUCUCUUCGACCUGCUUGCUGUGCAGUGCAUCCGGAAGGUCGACGAACUGGGUCCUCGGGGUAUUGCAACUGUAGCUGCUGCCUACGGGGGCGUCAAACACCCCCAUCCUCUACUCUUUGGCAGGCUGGCCCAGCAAAUUGAGGCUCAGGUUGAGACCUUUUGCAACCUAGACCUCAUCCAAGCGCUAUGGGGGUGCGCACGUGUCUCGUACAGACACGCGAAGUUGCUGGACUGCUGUGCGGACCAGAUCAUGCAUCGGUUGGCCACUUGUACAGUUACAGAAGCGCUAACAGCGGCAGAGUCAUUUGCAGUUCUCAGCUUUUACAGAGCGGAUUUAGUGGGGUCCCUUUCUUCAUUUUUUAGGAGCAGAAUAUGCAACAUCCCAGUACGCAGCCUUCCUUUACUUCUGCAGACCUUCGCUUCUUUCGACCAGCUCGCAAGUCUUAGCGCAGACCCUCGAGUGAAGCUGCUUCCAGUGCUGCAUGUGGGUAACGCAGAGCCCCUGACGAACAGUGUUGCUUUGUACAGAGCAGCGCUUCCCGUCAUAGCUCGGGCGGCCGUAUGCUUUUCCCUGACGGAGUUGUCUGCGGUGGACUCGACACUUCGUUCAGUGGGCCUAAGCCACGACCUCCUGACUAGCGCGCUGCAGCAAGAGCUGCAGCAGCGGGUCCCUCAUUGGACGCCGCAGGUGUGCGCAGAGAUACUGCAGCAGGUGGCGUCUCGUGGGGGAGAUGGGAACGACAAGGCCGCUGCUGCGGCUGUGCGGGCUCUCUUGGCAUCCCCGGCAGUACUGGGAUCUCUUCCUGAAACAACGGUUUUACAGAUCCUGAAGGACCUCAAGGACUUGCGUUGUCAUGGCGCCCUUGCUGUCGCUGCAUCUUUCGUAUAUGGCGGUAGCGGUCUUGCUAAUGGAGAGAGGCUGCUGGGUGGCGCGGAGCUACUGGUGGCGCAGCGCAUCGUGUUGCAGUGCUUCCCCUCUACUGAGUCGUUCGUCGAUGGAUACCGGGAGGGUUUUCUCUCAGAAGCCUUCAAUCGCCCUGAGAGCACCAGAGGUUCUGAAGGGGGAUCAGUUGCGUGUCUGGAACCUUCUUUCGAACAAGGAUGUAUAACUACUGCUUUAUCAGAAAAGGCGCGCAUGCUAUAUGCCUCGAUAUCAUCCACUGCAGAAGCUGUAGGAGCCAACGCACUGGUACUGGCAAUCUGCCGCUACCGUUCGGACCCUGGCGUUUGCUUGUGGUUGGACUUGCUAAUGAAGGGACUCGUCACAGAGGUGGAUCCCGAAUUGUUGCCGGCACUUCUGAGGGAGCUGGCGCGAAUGAAGAAGGAACGAGCGGCUGCAGAGGAAGAGGAUUACUUUGUGGCGCCAGACAGUUGUUACGCUGCAACAUCACAGGCAGAAAAACGUCUGCCACAAAUGUUGUCAUCUGCACAACUUUCGCGUCGUUUCUGUCGCGUCGCCCGCUAUCUCAUGGAGUCGCCGUUACCUGGAGCUGCAGCACAUAGCAUGCAGCAAGCUCCCACAUCUUCACAGUGUGCGGCUACCCAUGAGGGAUUUCUCUAUGGACGUCUCUCGGUGGUUGCAGCAGGUAGCGCGGCACAGGUCUUGCGCAGCCAUCCCAAGCCUGAAGUGGCGCAGCGCUAUGUAGAGCAACUCUGUGACAUUGUCUGCUCAAGGCUGCAGCGGGCUCAGACCCCGGCAGCAGCAGGCUACUCUGGGGCAGCUUGUAGUGCGCAUCUCGAGUGGCAAGUGGGAAAAUCUCUGGCCCGGCUAUUGCAAUCCCUUGUGGCUCUCCGAGCAGAUGUGCCACCAGCGCUGGUGCAGCAGUUGGCACCCCGAUUGCAGUGGCUUGAGGGGCGAGAUGUAUUGGCUGCCCUGCGGCUCCUUCCCACACCUACUGAAGCAUCCCUGCGUCAGCAAAUCACGCGUGCUGUGGACCUCCGUUUCCGGGAUCUCAAGAGCUGGAGGAUGUUGGGCGAGCUGCGAGACCUCUGCGCGGAUCUAAAGCUGGAGGUAGACGAUGACGUUGCUGAGCUCGACGUGGAUGUUUCGCGGUACCAGGAGGAGGAUGACGGCGAGGAAGGAAUUCCAACAAUAGGCGACGCAGUCUGCAACCCAGAAGAGGACCACUUCUCUGCAGAACGCAGCAAUCUCGCCCGUCACGACGCGGAAGCGUGGAAGUAG